AUGUUUACGGGUGUUUUUGGGAUUUCACCGGUUAAGCCGGCUUCCAUCAUCCCCUUCUUACAGGGGUCUAAGUGGUUGCCCAGUAACCAACCCAGUAUUGGGAAGGCGGGGAGUUUGGUAGAUAAAGGGGGAACUGCUGCUACGGCGGAUAAGUCUAGUAAUACCGGGAAGCAAGGGCCUGUUGUGGAGAAGAGUACUGUUGCUGCAGUGGCUGCUGCUUCACCAGAGGCUAUGUCCGAGGAUUUAAAGCUUUCUAGAAGCAGCUGGUUGUUGAAACUGUUAAAUGUCUGUUCCGAUAAUGCUAAGGCUGCUUUUACUGCUUUGAGCGUUAGCAUUCUGUUCAGAUCAUCUUUAGCUGAGCCAAGAUCAAUUCCCUCGACUUCUAUGUACCCCACUCUUGAUGUAGGUGACCGCAUUCUUGCUGAGAAGGUAUAUUUUGGAUGA